GGAUUCUAGCAUGUGCUGCACGUGACGAGCAGGGAUGCGGGGCACGGUACGAGGCGCGCGCUCAGGUGGACCACCGGUAUCGGCAACAGCACAGAGCCGUUAGUUCGCACUGGAUUGUAUCGCCUUGGCCCUCGGUGCGGCAUCAUCUUGGGAGAUGACAGAUGGAUGCGUUGGGAAGAUCGGACCCCCCCGCGCUGCAGCCCAGGGACAGCAUGGACCAGAGCUUCAGCUUCAGCUCGCUGAAGAAGCUGGCGGCAGAGCCGGACCACACUGACGUCAGCCUGUCGGCGGUGGAACGGGUGCGAGCCCUCACCAAGAUGGGCUGCAGCGUGGAGAUCAACGAGGACAUCGCGCCGCGCCGCUACUUCCGCUCGGGCGUCGAGAUGGAGCGCAUGGCGGCCGUGUACCUGGAGGAGGGCAGCCUGGAGAACGCCUUCGUGCUCUACAACAAGUUCAUCACCCUGUUCGUGGAGAAGCUGCCCAGCCAUCGCGACUACCAGCAGUUCAGCGUUCCAGAGAAGCAGGUUAUAAUGAAGAAAUUGCAGGAUGUGGCAUUUCCUAGGAAGGACCAGUUAAAGAAGCUCCUCCAUGAGAAGUACAACAAGGAGCACAUGGAAUAUCUCAAGAGUCAGAGUCAGGCUGCAGAGAGCUGCAACGAGCAGCUGCAGAGGCUCUCCCUGCUGCAGGAGGAGCGCGAACGUGUGGCACAGCUGCGCAGGAUGCAGAUCGAGUCCGAGCAGUUCCGCUAUUUCGAGGACCAGCUGCGCAGGCAGGAGAUGGCGAGCCGCAAGGAUGGCGCCGGCCCCAAGGUGCCGGAGCAGACGGACGGCUCGUGUCUCGCCCGGCCCCCGAAAAACCACGUCGCCCUCGACCCGAACAGCAACAAGCCACCAGCCCCCGCGAACAAACCGGCCCUGACGCUGGGUGCGGUACAGAACCAGCGCGUCGAUGGCCUCAGGCGGGUUGUCAUCCCCAGAGACCUGACGUACAAGUUCCUCCUCCUGGCCGACGGCAACACGGCCAGAGGGAUCGAGACGUGCGGGGUCCUCUGCGGAAAACUGACGCACAACGAGUUUGUCCUGACCCACGUGAUCGUGCCCAAGCAGUCUGCCGGCCCCGACUACUGCGACAUGGAGAACGUGGAGGAGCUCUUCAGCUUCCAGGACCAGCACGACCUGCUCACUCUGGGCUGGAUCCACACGCACCCGACCCAGACGGCCUUCUUAUCCAGCGUGGAUCUUCACACGCACUGCUCUUACCAGCUGAUGCUGCCCGAGGCCAUCGCCAUCGUCUGCUCUCCCAAACACAACGAUACCGGUGUCUUUAGACUGACCAGCUCUGGCAUGGGAGAGGUGGGCAACUGCCGGAUGAAGGGCUUUCACCCCCACUCGAAGGACCCCCCACUGUUCAGCAUCUGUAAGCACAUUGUGGUGAAGGACAUGAAAACAACGGUGCUGGACCUCAGGUGACAUUGAAGGACGCUCCUACCGACCAACACGCCUCUCACGGAUCAGAGUUUUUAUUUCUCUUGAUGUUUACUUGAA